GUCUGGUUCAGAUUCUAUAGUCUAGGGGACCAGGCAUUAAAGACAACGAGUGUACUAAACAUUUACAGUCUAGCACGUGGCCUUAUCGAGAUGAUAACCAAAUAGGAUUUUAAAAAAAAUUAUUAACAGUAAAUACCGAGAAUAUCUCUGCGAAGGCUUUAUGUGAUUAAUUUAUAUAUUUACUGAAUAAUUAGUAUCAUUAAAUAUACAGAUAUAUUUCUGGACAAUUGUUCCGAACCGUAAGAGAUAGUGAAUUUCGUGGUUUUUAAUUUACUACGAUUCAACAAAUUUAUAAAAUGAAUAUAAACAGAGGUUACUCAAGAAGAGAAAUGCUGAGUCUUACGUACGAAUGGAAGAUUGAAGAAUUUACAAACUUAAUUAAAUCUUCUCACAAUAAUAGAAAUAGUAUUACACUUAGAUCCCCGUUAUUUUCAACGGGUGCUAAGGUUGGAGAUUCAUGGUAUUUAAAAUUAAUCUUGAAAAAUAAAAAGUCCAGAAAUGCAAAUUACAUAUCAGUAUUUUUGGAAACAAAUAACAAAAACAAGGAAAUAAGUGCAAAAUUCACGUUAUAUAUUUUAAAAAAUGAUAGAUUAAAAUAUUGUGUUCACGAGAGUGAUACAAAAAUUUUUGGAUAUGAUCCUGACUGGGGUUAUUCACAGUUUAUUGAAAAGAAGAAAUUACUAGAUGGUAGCAAGGAUUUUUUACCGAUGGAUACUCUAACACUGUGUGUUGAUCUAACUGUGUUCGGUGAUUAUGAGACGACCGCCAAUAAUUUUCCAGUAAAAUCUUCUAAACAUAUAGUUGAUGAUUUCAAGAAACUUUUUGAAAGCAAAUUAGGCAGUGAUGUGGUUCUGAUAGUCGGCAAUAAAAAAAUCAAAGCUCAUAAAAGCAUUCUCAUUGCACGGAGCCCAAUACUCGCUGCGAUGUUCACUCAGGACAUGUAUGAAAAUUUAAAUAGUGAAGCUACAAUAACUGAUCUUGAUCCAGAUAUAGUCGAAAAAAUGCUGGAAUUCAUUUAUACAGACCAAGUCACUGAUCUCGACGUCGAUGCUGGUUAUUUAUUAGAAGCUGCGGAUAAGUAUCAGCUUCAGAAAUUAAAAGAAUUGUGUGAAGAAUCGCUGAGCAGAUCGAUAACUGUUAAUAAUGCUGUUGAAGUGAUGAUUUUAGCCGAUCGACAAAAUGCUCAAGACUUAAUGGAUUACGCUGCUCAAUUUAUUGCUAUAAACAUUACGAGUGUAAUCGAAACUGACGAGUAUAAAAAUAUUGAAAAUAAAAAUCCAGUUUUAUCAGCAUUAUUGAUUAAAAAAUUAGCAGCUAUCAAUUCCGAUCGUGGGCAAAGAUUAAAAUGAAGAGUGGUAAUCUUACAAGUAAAUUCAACGAUUACUUAUAUUUGAAGUUUUUUUUUUAAUAUUCGAAACUAAACCUUAAGGGGAUAGCCACUGUGAAAUUUCAAAAAAAAAAAAUUUUUUUUUUUUUAUUAAAUGAAAGUGUAUAUAUUCAAAAAUAUGUAUCUAAAGUUUUAUAUGGAAAUUCCGAAUAUUUUUCAAGUUAUAGUCAUUUUUGUGACAGCACGUCAACUGACUGUUGCAUCAACUAAAAACUUUAAACGCAUUUUUCUCGAAACUACUUUUUUUGAACUGGUGGCAUCUGUAAUUUGCAUAAAUAUGAACCGAUUCGCAACUUUUUUUUUGCCGUAUUCGUCUGUUCAGUAGCUAAAGUUGCACGUAGGGGAUUUUGAAAAUUUUGAUUUUUAAGAUUUUUUAGGGCUGUUUGAAUCCAAAAAAAUGAGAAAAAAUAACGAAAAAAUUUUUAAUAUGUCGCCAUUUUUUUUCAAAUCCAAAUUUUCAAAAUCCCCUAUGUGCAACGAUAAUCACAACAUACAGAUUACAACGCCAUUUGGUUUUUUUGUUUCUGAUAAUUCGUUUUUGAGAUAGAGAUGACACCGUGGUGGGGUAAAUUUUUUUGUUGCUCCACAAAAAUGCUUAUAACUUUGUAACAACAUGAUAUUUUUUAAUGAAAAUUUAGGAGAAUCAUCUUCAAUGUAUACUUUAGAAAACAAAAAAAACCCGAUCCCCAAAUUCCUUUAUUAUUCCAGUCAAAAAAAUUCCCGAAAAUCACCUAUUUUUUCGAUCUUCACAGUGGCUAUCCCCCUUAAGUAACUUUAUUCUAAAUUUUUAAUUUUUCUUUUUUUUUUUUAUAGCAAUUUUUGCUAAACUGUUGCAUCAAAAUGUUAUUUUUAAUUACAUAUUUCUAGUGCUGAGGGAGGAAUUCAAAUAUAUUCAAUAAUCAAUAAAAUAAAAUGUAUUUAUAUUAAUAGUCAUAGAUCCCUACUUCAAUACUUUAAUUUACAAAUUUGCGUCAAUAAGGCCAACUAUGAGUAUUAGAAAUAUAAUUUUUUCUGUAAAUAAUAAUUAAUAAACUCAAUUAAAAGCAUAGCUAAUGGUAAUUUAUUGCAAUGUACA